AUUCCCACGAUCCCAACCAGGCGGCGGCGGCGGCGGCGGCGCGCUGAGGUCUUGCAACCGUGUUGCUUUUGGUCCCCGUCUCUAUCUCUGAUUCAACCGCACGGCCGGCUCGGAUUCUGCCGAGAUUACGUCAAAGAAGGCCCCGUCAGAUCGAUUGCAGUCUGCCCCUAUUCAAGAUCUGUCUUGUUGGGUUGCCCUAUACACCUCGAUUGCGACCAAAAUUGAGUCUUUAGACGAACUCGGCUGAGCAGAUCUUGGGAGGAGGGAUGUCCAAGCGUCGGCAGGAGCAGGUAAGCUACAGGGACCGCGCCGACAAAAAGUUGCGGUCUGCGCAGAGGCAGAAGCACCUCUAUCUGGCGCUAGAUGACUGGACCAAGGGCUUUGCUAUCUACAAGAUUGACAUCGACACCUUGGACAGCAGCUCCGACCUGGACUUGGAGCCCCCGGUUCUUCGGCUAGUGUCAGCUUCACCUCCUUAUCCCAUGUACUUCGCUGCCCUGGGCAGCAAUAUCUUCAUGGCGAGCAGCAAACACCCUGGCACCAUGGUCUACAACACAGAGACAGCUGGAUUGGCCAUCGGCCCUCCUCUCCCUGAUGGACUACUCGGAGGCAUUAAAAUCUUUGUGGCUACUGCCAACAUGCAGCUGUAUGUGUUGAAGUACAACAUCAAGGAAAUGCGACAGUCAUUUGAGGUGAUGUCCGCGGUGGGCAUCAAGGAUCCACAUUCUUCAAAUCCAAGCACGGACUGGUGCUGGACAAGCGUGCCCUCACCACUGCCAUUCACCAAGGAUGACAUGAUCAACUCCUACGCCAUGCACCCGGAUGGACACACUAUCUUCAUGUCUUCUAGCAGCAGGCGCUAUCACCUUCUCCUUUGACACCAGGUACCAAGAGUGGAGGUGUCUUGGGGAAUGGUCAUUGCCUUUCCAAGGACAAGGCUACUUUGACAGUGAGCUGGAUGCAUGGGUUGGCCUUCACAAGGAUGGGUACAUUUGUUCCUGCCAAGUCGCUUCCUGCACCGACAAAGGUACCAUGCAACCUGACUGGAAGAUGGGCAAGGAGAAACUUUUCCUCAAGCACUCGGAUGCCACCCUCAUAUACAUGGGGAGCACCAGGUUUUGCCUUGUAGAGAGUUUGGUACGUGAAGAACUGGAGUUUGAUGACGCCUUUGGUGACUGUAAUGGCUUCAUGCUCUGCAUCACCAUUUUUGGUGUCAAGUACAACCGUGAGGGAGAGCUGCAAACCACCAUCCGCCGCACCACCAAAUCCUAUCAAGUGUCUAAGCAUGUCUUGUCAUUUUCUCCUGUGGCGUUCUGGUUUUAGCUAGGAAUUAGCUGGCUUGGUUGUAUGCAAUGCAUCUAUGUCCUUCUCAUGGAUGUAUAUUAUUAUUUGUAGCAAUAAAAAUCUUCCUUCUCAUGGCAAUUUUUGUGGAACCCUCUGAGCUGCUGUUUUUGCAUGUCCGUUCUGGAACCAGAUAGAUGCCUGCAGUUUAAUUACAUAUAUAGUACAUGAUCUUGCACUGCAGGUGCAUUUUCAUACAAAAACUUGCAAACUGACUCAAACAGACCACUAAAUUUGCUUUGCA